GAGCGCCUUCCGAGAACCGCGAAUCCAACCCGCUCGAAAGGAAGGUAGAAAACCCUAGACAUCAAGGGGCAGGGGGAAGAAGGAGAAGGGAGAGAGAGAGGGAGAGAUGGUGUGCAUUCGGCAGGCGACGAUCGAUGACCUGCUGGCGAUGCAGGCCUGCAACCUGUUGUGCCUUCCGGAGAACUACCAGAUGAAGUACUACUUCUACCACAUCCUCUCGUGGCCGCAGCUCCUCUACGUCGCCGAGGACUACAACAAGAAGAUCGUCGGCUACGUCCUCGCCAAGAUGGAGGAGGAGUCCACCGAGUGCCACGGCCACAUCACCUCCCUCGCCGUCCUCCGGACGCACCGCAAGCUGGGCCUCGCCACCAAGCUCAUGACCGCCGCCCAGAAGGCCAUGGAGGACGUCUUCGGCGCCGAGUACGUCUCCCUCCAUGUCCGCAAGAGCAACCGCGCCGCCUUCAACCUCUACACCCAGACCCUUGGCUACAAGAUCCACGACAUCGAGGCCAAGUACUACGCCGACGGCGAGGAUGCCUACGACAUGCGGAAGCAGCUCAAGGGCAAGCCUGAAGGCGCCGGUAGCGCUGGCGGCGCCAAGCACCACCACCAUCAUCACCAUCACGGUGGCGCAUGUUGUUCCGGUGGCGGCGACGCGAAAGGCGGGGGGAAGGGAACGGGCGAGGCCGGUGCUGCUGCCGCUGGAGGGGGGAAAUAGGAGCUCCGAGAGGUAAAACAAUUCGAGCGUGCUUUCAGGCUGUGCUUGUAUGACUGCUGAGAUGGAUUUGCAAGUAAAGGGAAUAUGAUUUUGUUGUUCAAUUAUCCUUUUGAUAAUGUCAUUUUUUAUUUCGAGAACGACAGCAACUUGUGUUGGAUGACUCCUCUUUUUUGCUGUAUUGAUCGUCUCCUCAAGACGUGUUUUCCUGACUAAUUAAUGCAAGAUGUAGAUUGGGUGAUUUAUCAUCCUCCUGCUAGACGUGUUAAUGCAAUUCAGCUGUGGUUUUGCAAGAA